AUGGCCAUCAGCUCGAAGAAAGUAAGUCCGGAGGCUGUGACACGUUUCAUGCUUAUGAUCGCAGCUCGUACUUCCGAAGCGAACAUCCGUUGUGGGAUUCUACCACUGAAAAUGAUUGGCGUUGAAAUAGGAGUUGACGAACAGAAAGUGGACUCGCCUAUGACACCCUCUCCGUUCGUGCUUAGUGCAAACCACUCGGACUACUUCGGUAGCUACUUGGCCUCGACGAAGAGCGAAGAAUAG